AUGGACAGCUUCAAACUACAUGUGGCCAUGUAUGAGUCUGUAUUUAGGGCGGGAACCAGGAGUCAUUUAAAGACAGAGUUAGGUCAUCUUCAAUUUCAAAGACCUAAAAUUGUCACCCUGAUGUCUGAGGACCUCAAAGUUCGAAGCCUCAAAAGGACCAAGGAGCCUGCUGACCAUGACAUGACACUCCUGAGCUGUGUCAAAGGUCUUUCUCUACCUCAAACCAGAAACCAGUUACAGUGCUCGUUCCCCACAGGCCAGGAAGGUGGAGGCAAGCCCCUGGCUGCGGGGUCGGAGAAGGAAGGACCACCACGGAGUCCAGCGCCCACCACUCAGGAUGUCCCACGUGGGGAGCCGCCCCUCUCCUGCGCUGUCCUGGGAGAGAAGACGCCACCCAAGGCCCCCAACGCCAGGGGAGCAUGCCAGCCACCGGGCUCUGUCCACAAAGACAGAACUCUGGUCCAGCCCCGCCCCCAGCCUCAGGGAGACGGGUGUUCCGUCCCCAGGAGAGAGGCCAAGGCAGGGAAGAGGUCCUUCGCUCCGGGCUCCGGGAAGCAGAAAAAGUCUGUCGCCAUGGGUCCAGUCUCCAUGUCACCUCCCCGCGUCACUAACUCAGCCCGUGACACCAACAACCCAGUGCCCUGUGGGUCAGGCCGGGGGCCCUGCCACCUGGCCAACCUCCUCAGCACAUUGGCCCAGAACAGCCAAAACACAGACCAAAAGAAGCCCCUAGAAGUGACCUGCCAAGUGCGGAAAAAGACUCGAACCCUGUACCGCUCAGACCAGCUGGAGGAGCUGGAAAGAAUAUUCCAAGCAGACCACUACCCUGACGGUGACAAGCGCCGGGAGAUUGCCCAGACAGUGGGGGUCACCCCCCAGCGCAUCAUGGUAAAGGGGGCUGGGCAGGGACGGGUGGAGGAGAAUCCACGCUGGGCCUCUGGACAGCAGGCAGGUGCACAGCACCUCUGGCUCGGGCCGAGGUUACAGCUCUUAGGGCUGUGUUCUUGCCGUGUCCACAUCGCUACGGUGUGGUUCCAGAAUCGCCGGGCAAAGUGGCGAAAAGUGGAGAAACUGAAUGGGAAGAAGGACAAGGACAGUCCUGCAGGUCCAGCCCCUGCCAGUGGCCAGGACAGCUCUGCUGCUGAGCUGCCACCUGCUGUGCCCAUGGACCCGGAGCCUGGUGCCUUCCCUCAGGAGCCCCCUCUAGACACACUGCCAGAGCCCCCCAUGCUUCUGACAUCUGACCAGACUCUGGCCCCAACCCAACAGAGCGAGGGUGCUCAGAGGGUGGCAGUGACCCCACCACUCUUCAGCCCCCCGCCUGUCCAAAGGGCCAACCUUCCCUUCCCCCUCGGCUCUGCCCACACCCCCCAACUGAUGCCUCUGCUGAUGGACACACUUGGCAGUGACAGCAGCCACAGAGAUGGCUCCUGUGGGUCCUGGGGGACAAGUGUCACCCCGCCCCCUACCUGCUUAUACCUGGAAGAGCUGGAACCCCAGGAUUACCAGCUGAGCAACCAGCCGGGGCUGUUCCAGGUCUCCCAGGCUCCGCAGACCCAGCUUUUCCAACAGCCUCAGCCCCAGUUUUCCUAUCUGCAUCCCUUCCCCUUCUCCACGCCCAGCUCGCUGACGCCCCCACUGCCAGAAGACUCUUUCUUCCCGCCGCCUUAUGGCCCCAAUGGGGGGACCUCGCAGGGCUACUUCUCAGCGCCCCCGGCAGGGCAGGGCCUGCUGCAGCCGCCUGCUGGGAGCAUGGGCACAGUGCCCUGGAAUGACCCUUGCUUGCCAGAACUGCCCUUCCCUGGUCCCUUCUGUCCCCAAGCUCUGGGGCACCCCUCAGGAGGGGAUGGCUACUUUUCCGAUCUGUUUCCGGCUCCCUAUGCUCACCCUGUGAGCAGACAGCCUUCUCCAGGGCCCAGCCGGCUGCCUGACGGGGCCAGGCCAGGAGCUGGGCCCUUACCCAGCAAGGCCCCCAGUGAGCAGCCCACGGCCACUGUGGAGCAGCAUUUGGCACCCGAGGAGGCCCGAGAAGAGGACAGAAACAGCCACGGCCCCUAGUCCUGGGGCCACAUGUCAGACAGGCCGCUGGGUGGAGGGGUUGGGGCGCCAUCAGGGAGAUGGUGGCAGAAGCAUUAGGAAAGACGGGGGGGCUGUGUCGACUGGGGUGCAAGUCGGACAUGCUCCUGUGUGAGCUCAUCUUGCUGGGCGCUGGUGUGAGGAGGGAGGGGCUGGCUCUACCCGAAUCUCCACACCUCUGUUCGGUGUCGGCCCUGAAGGUGAUGGCCGGUACCACUUCGGAACUCUGUAUCAGCUUGUGUUGUUUCCUUUCCUGGCCAGACACAUGAGCCAGAGUGUUCAUUGUAAGCAGUAAACGAGUGUGCUGUUGGUUUCUCUCUGUAAUUACCGUCUCCCCACUCACACACUGAGCUCCAGUCCCAGGUGAGGUCGCCACUGGGCGUGAUCAAGUGCAGCUGGCAUUCUCCCUGGCCUGUCUCUCCUGCUGGAGGAGAAACUGGGCAUUUGGGGCCUUGUCUUCACUCCUGCUAUUAAACCAUGCUCUCUGGGAUUUGGACUCUGGAGGGACAGGGUUACAAAAAAAGCCCAAACAUAUUUCAGGGUCAGUCUCUCCAAAGCAUUUUUUUUUUGGCAGGUGGGGUGGGGGGGCGCUAAGAAGAGGAUGCUCUUAUAUAUAGUUAGCACCCCACAUCGGAUAGUCCCACAGUGCCCACUGCAUUGGGGGGCAUUCUGGACCUCUAAAUGCUGAUUAUUGGAAAAUACACAUCCUCUUGAUGUCAUCAUCCUCUCAACAGUGCAAGCUCAGGGCUUUGCCAUUGACCAGAGCAGAAUCCUUCCUUGCAGACUCCAGGAAAAAAUGUCUCCCCCAUCUAAUUUGUUUUCACUGUCACAAUGUUUCCACCAGAUGGCAAUCCACCACCAGUUUCUCUGUGGCCUUAAACUGGUGGUUUACAGCAGCGGUUUUCAACCUUUUUCAUCUCAUGGCGCAUGUAAACUAAUGACUAAGAUUCUGCGGCACACUAAAAAAACAUAUUAUUUGCCAAUCUGA